GGCGAGUCACUGCGCAACUUGCUAUCUAGACCUCAAAGUUCAGAUGCGAUGAGCUACAUGCUCAGUCCGACGAACUACUCAUUGGUCAUUGGUUUUCGUUGGGAACAAAGGGCGAACCCAGAUGCAUUGUAUCCCCACAUUUGAAUCCUGAAUUACAGGAAGGUCACACUGCUGCGUGACUUUUUGCGCCGUGUUCCAAGUUCGACAUCGUGGAUCCUGUGGAAAGAAGAGGGCGUGCAUAUAUCUGUCGAGGCAAGCGUGCUCUGCUAUAACGCCCGGUGCACUUCGUCAAAUCAGAGCACGCUUUCAGGCAUCUGUGAGAUGUUUUCAGUCACAUGCUGGUACACAUCAUCAGGGUAUUUGCUCCAGUCGGGGCAGUCGGAGAUCGAACCUGGGGAUUGCGAUCUGUGGAGUCUCAGGCUGGUGACCGCCACGGACGCGACGUUGAUGGGUGAACAGUUUGUUUGUUUUCCCAGCGCGUUUGGGCGGCCGAACCAUUUGUCCAGUAGUCCGGCGGGA